AUUCAAGAAAAUUGCUGAUCUCCUACCUAUAGCAGAAGCUCAGUUAAGUGAGAAGUGGGUAUACAUUGUUGAUUCUGGUGGUCAACCAGCAUACCAAGAGCUAUUGCCUGUAUUUACUAGAGCAGCUACUCUUAAUGUCAUUACACUUAAUAUUUCAAAAGGCAUUGAUGAGGAGUUUGAGUUUAUGUAUCGAAUUAAUGGACAAGAAUUUAAAUGUGACGAGAAAAUGAAAUACUCAAAUCGCAAAAUUUUCAAUUUUGUUGUUUCAUCAGCAUCAGCUCAAAAACCAAUUGAUAUCCCAUUUGUGAAACAUCAGCCUAAACAUUCAAUGUCUUUUGUCCUGGGUACUCAUUAUGAUGUACUGAUUGAAAGAACUAACAAAAAAGAUGCUGAAACAAAAGUGGUGGAGAUGAGUGAAAAAUUAAUGUCUCCAACAAAUAUAUUGCCUCAUUUAGAAUGUCGUAUUAUUUCUAAAGCAUAUGGAAAUUCUGUCAUACAUCCAGUUGAUACACUACAAGAAGAUUCAGUUGAAAGGACAAAAAAUAGUAGAAAAAUUCUAGAGACAAUGUCAAAAUGUACAGAGGUUACCAUGGAAAUAGAAGUCCCAAUGCGUUGCUUUGUGUUUGAGCUCUACUUGGAAGAAAAGACAAAAAACAAAGGUUUUGUUACUAAAGAUGAAGUUAUUCAAAGUUGUAAGGAAGAUCUUUACAUGUCUGAACAUGACGUUGAAAUAGCUCUAAAAUUUCUUCACAAUAGCACAAUUAUUUUAUAUUACCCUGAAAUUGAACCACAACUAGUAUUUGUUAACCCUCAGAAAAUCCUUGAUGUUCUUUCCCAUUUGUUAGCUCUCACCUAUGUUGAUUAUCCAACAGCACAAUCACUGGCAACAGAUGUAACCGAAUCUGAGAUGAAGCGUCUUAAAAAGGCAGGCCUUUUUGAGCAAGUUCUUCUUGAAAAGUUUAAAAAAGUAUUUUUAGAUGACUUUACACCAGACUACUUCAUUAAUCUGCUUCAACAUCUUCAUAUUAUUAGUAAAUUAAAAAGCCAGGUCCUGGUUAGAGAUAGUUACUUCCUUCCUUCUGCUUUACCUGCCUACAAUAAUAACUAUGAUAUUACUAAUGUAACUACAAAGCCACUUUAUUAUGUGUGGCUAGAACAGGAAGAUGAAUGGGAAUCAAAAAAUGCUGUCCUUGCCCCUCAAGGAAUUUUUAUCUUAUUUUAUGUCCAUUUGCUUGAACAGAAGGAAUACAAGGUAGAGUUUACUCGACAUCCAAAGUAUCGCAAUGCCUUGUCUCUUUGGAUCUACAUUGAAGGAAAGCGUUGCACACUUUACAUCAUCAAUUGCUAUGAACAUAUUAAAGUCUAUUUUGAUGGUCCUAAGAGGUAUUGUCCACAAGUUCGUGAGCUGAUCACCACAACUAUUAAUAAAAGUUCUGAUGCCAUCAGUGCUAAACGAAAUCAUGUAAAUGCAUUUCCUUGCCCAAAUAAGGAAGAGCAGUGCUAUUGUAUUGUAGAUGAAGAGUAUCAGGUAGCAAAUUGCCUAUUGUGUGAUUCAAGUGAUAUCAGUGAAAAAGAUGAGAUGUGCUGGUGCUGGUUUGGUCUUGAAUCUGACUCUGGCUUAGCAGAUAUAAAGAAAGAUAUUUUAUUGAACACAACACAUUUACAUGAUGUACGAAUGUUGCUUAAAGAGGGUAAAUUUUCAAAUGCUGAAUGGUUUGACUUUGGUCUUGGUUUGGGUUUAUAUUAUGACACACUAAAAAGCAUUGAGAAGGAUUAUCCAAGAGAUACUAAAGGGUGUGUUAGAGAGUGUUCUGGUGAAAUG